AUGGAGAAGUGGAGCUUAAUGACAAUCACUGUUCUGCUGGCACUGACUGUGCGCUGGGCUGUGUCUCUUGGGUCCUACUCAGGUGCAGGAAAACCACCUAUGUAUGGAGACUAUGAAGCUCAGAGGCACUGGCAAGAAAUUACUUACAACUUGCCCAUUAGGCAGUGGUACUUCAACACAAGUGAUAACAACCUGCUGUACUGGGGCCUUGAUUAUCCACCUCUGACAGCCUACCACAGCUUUGUGUGUGCUUACAUAGCCAAGUUAAUCAAUCCUGAUUGGAUUGCUCUGCACACCUCUCGGGGGUACGAGAGUCAGCCCCAUAAGUUAUUUAUGCGGACAACAGUGUUUGUUGCUGAUCUGCUGAUUUAUAUUCCUGCAGUUAUUUUAUACUGCUUUUCCUUGAAAGAAACAUCCACGAAAAAGAAGGUUUCCAGUGCUCUCUGCAUACUGCUCUAUCCAGGCCUCAUUCUUAUUGACCAUGGACACUUCCAAUACAACUCAGUGAGCCUUGGCCUUGCCUUGUGGGGUGUCCUUUGCCUGUCCUAUGACUGGGACCUUCUGGGCUCAGUGGCAUUUUGCUUGGCCUUAAAUUACAAGCAAAUGGAGCUCUACCAUUCUCUGCCCUUUUUUUGCUACUUACUUGGAAAGUGCUUCAAGAAGGGACUGAAAGGAAAGGGGUUACUGUUGUUAGCUAAACUGGCAGGGACAGUGGUGGCUUCCUUCGCUGUCUGCUGGCUCCCAUUCUCUGCCGACGUGGAACAAAUCAUGCAAGUACUCAGAAGACUCUUUGAGGAUAAAGUAGCCAAUAUUUGGUGCAGUCUAAGUGUCCUUAUCAAGGUCAAGAAUAUGGUAUCGCCUCAAACUCAGCUAAAACUCAGUUUUGCUGUGACAUUCCUGAGCCUCCUUCCUGCUUGCAUAAAGCUAACUGUGCAGCCUUCCCUCCGAGGCUUUAAGUUUGCUUUGGUUAGCUGUGCAUUGUCAUUUUUCCUGUUCUCCUUUCAAGUCCAUGAAAAAUCUAUUCUUCUAGUGUCAGUCCCAGUCUGCUUAGUCAUAAAUGAAAUCCCCUUCAUGGCCACGUGGUUUUUACUUGUAUCAACCUUCAGGGGGUGGAAUCAGGUGAGCUCAUUCCUGGCUGUCUGUGUGGCCUCCUUCUCCAUCUUUGAGAAGACCUCAGCAGAGGACCUGCAGCUGAAAGCAUUCUCCCUUUCCCUGAGGGGAUAUGUGUCUUGGUUUAAGUCCUUUCCCAGGAUUGUCAGGAGCCUGUUCCUCCUGUCCCUGUCCCUGAUGGGUGUCCUGUCCGUCCUGAGUGCUGUGCUGCCUCCUCCCCGGAGCUUACCGGAUUUAUUCCCCUUAGCUGUGUCCAUCGUUUCCUGCUUACACUUUUUAGCAUUUCUGUUGUAUUUUAACAUUGUUAUACUCUGGGACUCCAAGAAUAGUAGAAGUCAGAAGAAAAUGAGUUAA